CAAAAUGGAUCGUGUGAGUUUUCCUGAGAAGUCCAUGAAGCACUGCUGUCAGCUCCAGCCAUGGUAUAAAUCACGGAGACAUCCCAGCGGGUAUAAAUUCUUUGACUGAUCGAGCUGCAGCAACAGGGAAACCUCUCCAUCAGCCCAGCGAGAGCAGCGAUUGGAUUCCAGGCAGCAAAGCAGCAGCUUUCCCCCUCAGCUGAACCAUGACCGAAGAGCCCGCGCGGAAGAACAGUGAGAUCAGACGGUCCGACUCCAUGGGCUGCGGAUCCAAGGACGACAAAGCCAGCCUGGCUUCCAACCUGACGAUAUCCCUCAGCCCGCAGCCCCACCAGCCCUCCACUCCAGGCUCCAAGGAGGUGUGGAAGAAGGGCGGCCGCAUGUUCUCCAUCCUGCUGGCCGUGCACUUAGCCCUGCUGGCCUGCACGCUGGUGAGCAGUGGGGCUUUUGAGAGAAUUGCCGUGCACGAUUACGAUGUCUUCUUCCUGCUGACUGUCAUGAUGCUGAUAGUCAUCAUAUGGAUUAUCUUCUACCUCAUCAGCACCUCCCGGUGCCCAGAUGCCAUCCUCUGCAAAGACUCCCACGCUGGACCCAUCUGGCUGAGAGGAGGUCUGAUCCUAUUUGCCAUUUUCAGUCUCGUCAUGGAUGUGUUCAAAAUAGGAUAUUACUCCAGCUUCUACAGCUGCCUGUCUGCAAUCAAAAUAAUGUACCCCAUCGUGCAAGCAAUAUUCGUGGUUGUACAGACGUACUUCCUGUGGAUCUCUGCCAAAGACUGUGUCCACGUACACCUGAACGUUACCAGGUGUGGCUUGAUGCUAACUCUGACCACAAACUUAGCGGUGUGGAUGUCAGCGGUGACAGAUGAAUCUGUUCACAAAGCGCAUUCAAAGCUGAAUAAAAAUACAACGGAGGAGCUGUACAGGUGGCUCCUGAAAGUGGGAAUGAGAAGUGGCUCAACAGAAGCAUGCAAUUGCGACAGCCAAAUCUGCGAGGUCUUCAAGAACGGCUACUUCUGGCUGUACCCCUUCAACAUCGAGUACAGCCUGUUCGCCUCCGCCAUGGUUUACGUCAUGUGGAAGAACGUCGGGCGCUUUAUAGACCACCACUCCCACCACGUCCAGCACCUCAAGUUCAAGCUCUUCCGAAGAACCUUCUUUGUGGGCAUUGUGCUGGGCCUCAUCAUUCUGGUGGGCGGCUUGGGAGUCUUUAUCGUUUAUGAGGUGCAAGUAAAUUCCAGCACCGAGCCCAGCAAGAAUAGCCAAGCGCUCACCAUGUACUACAUCUUCAACAUUGUUUGUCUGGGCCUGAUGUCCCUUGUCUGCAUUGGAGGCUCUGUCAUCUACCGCUUCGACAAGAGAGACAUGGACCGGCACAAGAACCCGACGCGGACGCUGGACGUGGCGCUGCUGAUGGGGGCUGCCCUGGGGCAGUACGCCAUUUCUUACUACUCCAUCGUAGCCAUCGUGGCCAGCACGCCAAGGGACGCCAUCAGCGCACUCAACCUCACUUACGCCCUCCUCAUGAUCGCCCAGCACACUUUCCAGAACAUCUUCAUCAUUGAAGGCCUUCAUCGGCAGCCCCCCAAGGAGGACCACAAGCACGGCUCUCACCAGAAGGAGCUCUACGGUCUCACCUUCGUCAACGUCAACGCGGUGUCCCUCCGGGUGCCCGACAGUGGCAGCGCGUCGGCACCGAACCCUGCCCCCAGCACUGAGGGCACCCAUCCGUCCGACAUCGUGCGGUCCCUCGUGGCCCCCAAGAAGAUAAACUGGCAGAGGAAGCUCUUAAGGGAGAUCUCCAUGUUCCUCCUGCUGUGCAACAUCAUACUCUGGAUCAUGCCAGCAUUUGGUGCCCGGCCCCAAUUUGACAAUGACACAGAACUGAACUUCUAUGGUGAUUCCAUGUGGCCGGCCAUCGUGGACAUUUGCCUGCCCUUUGGAAUCUUCUACCGAAUGCACGCAGUGGCCAGUUUGCUGGAGGUCUGCAUCAUGUCCUGAUGAACGCUCUCGUAAGGAAGAUGAGAACCUCCUCAACCCACCCACCUUCGUCCCCACAUCCCGAGGGCUCCUCACCGCUGCCUCAAUCGUGUCCUCCUGCAGUGUCGGGGCAUUUCUGAACUGUCAGUGAAAAUCAUCUCAAUGUAGCUCCAGAUUUUAUUUUUGCUAUGUGUGUGUGGAUGUGCACGUGAGUGUGUUUGAAGUUCUUAGACCUUAAAGAAAAAAAGGAAAAAAAAGAAGGAACAGAGUAAGAUGAUGGUAAUUACCCUCAGUUCACGCAGAGAAUCACCUUCCUCCCUCGAUCCCAUUCACCCCACACGUCACUGCUUUACUUUCCCAGGAGUGUUUGGCCACAUGGGCAGUCACUGCCUGUGCAGAGGGGUCAGCUCAGGAGCGAACGGCAAGGGGAAACCAGUGCACUUCUGGUACGGCCAGUCAGAAGCCACCCACUGCCCUGCAGAUGUGAAAAACCACCGCUGCCACCAAAGGCUCUGAGAACGCUCUGUCUGCCCUCUGCCUCACCUGUCCCUACCUGAGCCCCCCAGCACAGCAGGGUGGGGUGCUGACGGCUGCACCAAUAUGGGAGGGCUGAGCACAGGGCUGUCCUGGCACUUUUCCCCCUCAUUUUCCUGAAUCAGUGCUCAAGAGCCAUGAAGAUCAUAGGGGCGAGGGAGCACGAUGAAGAGGUUUGUUUUUCUUCUCUUCUUUUUUAAAUAGAUGAUUUUUUUUUUUAAUAGCUGAACCUUUUUGUACGCAAAAUUAUUUAUUGAUGUUCACUGUAAUGCUCAACUCCUGGAGGGUCCCUCCGUGCCCUGCAGUGCAGAAAUCAUCCCACCACUACCACUUUCCCCUCCACCUCCUGUGCCCUCAAGGUAGGACUGCAAUGCACCUCCAGCCCUGCAAGAUUCGGGGCCCAUGCACACAGCCCCAGCACGCACCUCUGGGCACCUGCAGCUCCCUGUGGACCGUGGCAUCACAGAAUGGGUUGGGUUGGGAAGGACCUCAGGGAUGACCCCGUUCCUCAGCUCCUGUUCCGUGACCCAGGGCUACAGGUGGUAGGAAUGGGCUCACUGCACUGCGCAGCGCCCAAGCAGAGCUGGGGCUGCACACAAACUGCCUGGAGAGGUGUGUGCCCCAAGGGCAGCGCUGUGCUUUGCCUGCACUCCAGCACAUCCGGGGUUAUCGUUCAAACGAAGAGCGCUCCAGCCAUGGCAGAGAUUGAGCCUUUUCCUACAGGUGUGUGU